AUGCUGUACGCGGACAAGGCUGCGCUGGAGAACCGUACAAAGGCGCAAAGGCGCCGUCUCUCGGCGGGCACCAGCUCACGCUCACCUGCUGUAACCGCAAAUCCGGCUGUGCAGGUGAGGCUGCUGGCCAUCCGCGAGCGCGAGCUCGAGCUGUAUGUGAACAACUGCCGGACCAUGGGCAUGGUGUCGGCGAUAUUCUCGGGCCUGGUCUACACCAAGCUGGACUACUUCAAGGACGCGAACUGCGGGUGGCACUCUCACCAGGCGCCCGAGUGGUCCGAGUGCCCUGUCGGCGAGGCGAUGGUGGGCGGCGGCUGCCAGGCCUGCGGAGACGAGGCGCCGUGCGACUCGUCGGACUGCGAGACGGGGACCACGUACAGCGCGGCGAUCGGCGCGUGCGUGCCUUGCGGCGGCGAGUACAGGCAGGCCCUCUUUGUGGCUGCCAACCUGCUCACGAUGUGCUGCGGGCUCGAGGCCGCCUUUGGCACCACGGCCAUCACGAUGCUCGGGCCUGGGCUCGCGCUGCGCGGGCCGGACGGGUCGAUGAACAAGGCCGUCGAGGGCAUCCUCGCCGAGUACGAGCUCGUCUCGUACCUCGUCUACCUCUCGAUCUACUCCUUCCUCGCUGCGGGCGCAGUCUUUGCCUUUUUGGCCGAGGCGCCCAACCUGCUCACCUCGCUGGGCCUGACGGCGCUCGUGGCGGCGACGUACCGCUUGAUGGCGCGGCGCGUGCACGUGGUCGAGGAGAACUUCCCGAUGAAGAAGAUCGCCCUCGUCUCGGGCGCCUUCUUUGAUCACUCGGCGCCGCGAGCAGCGGCCGGCGGAGGGGCGACCGUCACGGCGACGGUCACGACGCCCUCCGGCGGCGGCGGCGCGGAGCGCCCAAAGAUGACUCUGGCCGAGAGAAGAGGAUACGCACAGUUGCACGACAUCGUGGAGUAG